AAAACCGGAAGUAAAACCAUUUCUCUACAGAGGUGAAAGAGUGGCGUGUUUGAGAUAAAACAAGUACCUGCUGAGCAACAAUUGUCGCACAUCCAUAUUAUGACCAGCUACAUAGAAAUAAACUAACUAAUAAAGCGAAUGGUACAAGCGAUUUAAGCACAUUCAUUAUGGGAGAUGAAAACAUAGAUUACAACAUCGUAUUUCCAGAGUCCUUCGUUACGGAAAGGCACUGGCAAGGAUCAAAGGAGCCAGUGGUCAUCCUCCUAGGUUGGGGUGGCUGCAAAGACAAACACCUGACAAAGUACAGCUCACUUUACAAUGAACGGGGUUGCAUUACAGUUCGUUACACAGCUCCCUUGAAGACCGUUUUUAUUUCAGAGUCGUUUGGCUAUAAAGAGUUGAACACCACUGCCCACAAACUGCUGGAACUCCUAUAUGAUUAUGAGGUGGAGAACAACCCCAUAUUCUUCCAUAUUUUCAGCAACGGGGGCUUCAUGUUGUACCGGUAUAUGGCUGAGCUCUUGCACAGUCACAGUCGCUUUAGCACCCUCAAGGUGGUGGGCGCUGUGGUAGACAGCGGCCCUGGAAGCCAAAACUUGCGAGGGGCCUUGCGGGCCAUCACGGCCGCAUUGGGACCCAACAUCAACGUAGUGCUGCUCUACUUCUUCCUGGGGCUCUUUGGCUUCAUGGUAUUCCUGCUGAGAAUCGUGCUGUACUCCAUAACCAAGUACAUUCACAAGAACCACUACGACGCGAUGCGAGACCAGCCGUCCGCCUGGCCCCAGCUGUACCUCUACUCCCGGGCGGACAAGGUGAUCCGGCAUAGGGAUGUGGAGCAGAUGGUGAAGGCCGUUCAGGAGAAGGGCGUUACGGUGGACAGUUUUGAUUUUGGCACCUCGGCCCACGUCAGCCACUUCCGUGACUACCCGGAGGAGUACUCCAGCCGAUGCCUGGCCUUCCUGAUGAGAUGCAUGCCGCCAACUGCCGGGAGCCAGAAGAAACAGCGUAUCACCGUGGCAACCUAAGUCGCCCUUACCCUAUGUGUGAACCCGAUGAGUUUAAUAUUCUCAAUGAGCCUUGCUAUGGAUCACAGCCCUGAGCUUAUGUGCCAUUUUCAAGGGUGGGUAAAUUUACUGUGAUGUCCAGCCUCCUGAACAAUUGACUUUUUUGGAGGGAGAUUUCAGAGCAUACACUGUAAUUAAAUAAUCAAAGAAUGACUGAUAAUUAUAUUUCCAUUAAGAUUUUUUAGUGUACUUCCAAAAAUUCCAAGUGAACUGGUUCUUAAACAUCGGCUUUGUGCCAAGGUCUCCAGGCAGAGGAUGGUAUAGUUGCAUGCACCUCCUUGAAUAGAAAGACUUGAGUCACAUUUGUGCGUAUAGUGUGAAUUUAGGGUUAUACACUCAGUGAGCACUUUAUUAGGUAUUUAUUAGACUUAUUGGUAUUUGCUGCGGAACCCGAUCCACUUAAGAGGUUUCAUAUGUUGUGUGUUCAGAGAUGCUCUUCUACAUACCACUGUUCUAAUGUGUUUUAUUUGGGUUACCGUCACCUUCCUGUCAGCUUUGACCAGUCUGGCUCUUCUCCACUGACCUCUCUCAUUAACUAGGUGUUUCUGCCCCCAGGAGAUCAGCUAUUUCUGAGAUAUUCAAACCACCCUGUCUGGCACCAACAACCAUUCCAUGGUCAAAUUCAGUUAGAUCACAUUUCUUCCCCAUUCUGAUAUUUAGUCUGAAAAACAGCUGAACUUCUUGACCAUGUCUGCAUGCUUUUAUGCAUUUAGUUGCUGCCACAUGAUUGGCUGGUUAAAUAUUUGCAUUAACAAGCUGGUGUACAGUCUACCUAAUAAAAUGCUCAGUGAGUGUAAGUACAGCAGUCUAGGUUUUCAAAAUGUUAAAGGAAUUCUUGUGAAUCUACUGUAAAGUUACUUGUAUGAAUGUUUUACUGUAAAAACACAUCUCUGAAAGUUCUGUUGUCAGGACUGAAGUGGAUCAAUUGUGACUUAAGGUGAUAAAUGCCUGUAUAUCAGCACAUAAUAGUUGUUAUUGUGGAAUGAAGUUUGAAGGUAAUCUAAAAACUCUUUGUAAAAGCAUUUAUUUAAAAGAAAUUGUGAGAUAUCAUAAGAAUCAGAGAGACUGAUUUAAUUUUGUUCUGCAUUUUAUUUGAUUAAUUGAUGUGCCUUCUGAAAAUAAAGUUUUAUUAUUGUGUUGUAAACAAAGUAAAUAUUUGUAUUUGAAAAAGACGAUACAUUUUGUGUUCUUAACACUAGGAUUCUUUUUGUUUCAGUAUUCAGCAAAUGGAUGUUGUAUGAAUGAGGCCACAAAAGUUAAAAUAUAAUAUAAAAUAUAAUUUCAUAUGUAAUUGAAUCAAUACUCAAUAGCAACUAUCUAAAAUGUCUUAAAAUGGUUACCAAGGUUCAUAAACACAAUAAAGUGCAUUAACUUCAGUGUAUAAAUUAAACCUUAUCAAAGAGAACUAGAAAACUGUUAAA